AUGGCCCCCUCUACCGGUAUCACCAUCGCCGCCACGGCCGUGACUACAGCUACUCUUCUGGCCUUCCUGCGAUGGCGUCCAAUCAGGCGAUCCAUCUGGGACUACACGCCGGACGCCUUCCCAGGGGCUCGGGAUGUCAAUACACCAUACGGAUCCAUACGCGUCUACGAGUUCGGCCCUAAAACCGGCCGCAAGGUUCUGCUCGUCCACGGUAUUUCCACCACGUGCCAGACCCUUGGCCCCAUUGCCCACGGCCUUGUAAGACAUGCCGGCUGUCGCGUCUUGCUCUUCGAUCUUUUUGGCCGCGGCUUCUCUGACGGCGUCGGCGACCUCCCUCACGAUGCCCGCCUCUACACGACCCAGAUGCUGCUCGCCCUCGCCUCCUCUCCACUGUCGUGGUCCGGCUACGGCGCCUUCGAUCUGCUCGGUUACUCCAUGGGGGGUGGCGUGGCCGUCCCCUUCGCUGCUGCAUUUCCACAUAUGCUUCCCUCUACCAUCCUACUUGCCCCUGCAGGACCCAUCCGCCCUGAACGUUUUGGCGUUGCCGCCCGGUUUGUCUUCACCUCGGGGAUCGUGCCGGAGCGUCUAUUGGCCGCCAUCACGCGGCGGCGUCUGCGACAGCCUAUUGCGAGUGCUACCAAGGACAGGUCGAAGUCAGGCAAGGCACAACCAAAAAAGACACCACCCAAGGUUAUUGGCGAGGUGGAGCUUGCCGUCGCUGCCGUUCAGGCUGUCGAGCGCGCUGUGGAGAGCGCAGUGCAGGAGGCCGUUGACCAGACCGUCGUCCCCAUCGAUGAUGCUGUGGCAGAAGUGGCAGACGCACAAGCUGCCGAGGCAGAAGAACGGCCACCCGAGACAGGAGGCACCGUGCUCAGCACUCAAGUGAUGCGCUAUGUGCGUUGGAUGCUGAUGCAUCACGACGGAUUCGUACCAGCUUUCAUGAGCUGCGUGCGCGAUGCGCCACUGAUGGGGCAGCAGGCAGCAUGGCAGACGCUGGCGGCCGCUGUUCAGCAAAAAGGCGAUGACAGGCUCCCGCUCUGCGUAGUGCUUGGGCACCACGACAAGGUGGUCAGCGCCCUUGACUACGAGGAAGAUGUAUUGCCAAUGCUAGGCGGACGUAGCGCCGUGACAUGGGUCAUAGUACCGGGGGGGCACGAGUUCCCUAUGACCUACUCCCGAUCGGUGCUGCGGGCGAUAUACAGAUUCUGGGGUGGGAUGGACGAGGCCUUGGCAAAGCUGCACGAGGACGAAGAGACAGAGGUGGCGGAAACAAAGACUAAGGUUGUGUCGUCUACGUAUAACGGGAAGAAAUGCGGCGCAGCGAUGGUUGAGGCGAGAUGA